AUGUGCCUGGUUUGUGGACGACUGUGGACCGCCCUUCAAGUAUUAUGGAGUACUUUUUAUGUAAUAUGUGGAGCCGCUCAACUGAUGGUGGGGGUAUUUUUCCUGAUUUCGGUACCUGAAAUACAACUUUACGGUGUUCUAGUAGACGGAGCAUGGAAUAUUAUCAUUGGCAUCACCGGAGGGAUCGUGGCCUGUAUAGGGAUCCUAUCUCCAAGAAGGCAGGAAAUUCUGUUAUAUCUGGCCGUCUCAAUUCUCACCAUGACCAUCGUGAACAUCGUCAUCACAGAGUACUGGUUCUACUCAACAGACAUGUCAAAAAUACUAAAAAAGUAUUCCAACCACGUGAUCAUAGAAUACGCUUGUUUUGUGACGAGAGUCGCCGCGGCCGUCGUGUUGGUGGUUUCUUUCCUGGACUGUCAGUUGGCCUUCUGCUCAAUGCAGUUCGUCUCGAAACCGAGAAGUAAGAAGCUCAGGGGCUCGCACGAGCAGUUAUCCGAUAUUGAGUACAUCAUACCUAGGCCAAAGAAUACAAAAUCGAACACCCAUACUGUGUACGACGCAUACGCUCAGAGUUGGGUCUUCGACGCAGAACACGCGGGCACCUCCAACGACGGCACAACUGCAAAAGGUCCUUAUUUUGAUGUACUACAAAAUGGGACGCCGCAAAAACCCACGGUUAAUAAGCCCAAUGGUCUGCAAAAUGGAAUGGUAAAAGAAAAUGGCCAUAUAAUAGAUAACCCCGUGGUUCACAUCGAGGAAGCGUCUGACGACAGUACCAGCAACAGCGACAGAAAGUUAUGCUAUAUGAAAAGUUUCUCACGCUCACACUCUCCAGUAGUUCUAUCGGCAAGCUCAUCUCAAAUUAGCCUAAACUCAAAUCACAACAAGAAUCCUUUAAUAUACGAAUGUUUAGAGAAACUUACAGAACCAACAAUAUACCGCUCAAGGCUAAACACUGCUCUAAGUAACAAGGAAGACGACGAAGAAAAUUACCACGCUCCACAAACUGUGAUCAUGCGGCGGCCGGAAUCAACCAGUCCCCGAGUCGAGACUGUACAGUACGCUUCGCUCAUGAAGGAACUCCAAAAGAAGAUAGUCCAUAAGAAAGAUUCUCCAAAUAUCACAUCGCCCCAAAGCAACACUAGCGAAAGCGCAACAGCAUCGGAAAAGACUCAAAAUUCAAAAAGCAGCAGCCGCUCUGAAGGAAAGAGCAGUGACGCAGAUUUUUCCAAAGAAUUAGAAGCAGCUCUCCAGCUAAUACAAGACUUAGAAAGCCCUAACACGAUAGAAACCCCCUCAGACGCCAAGUCCGUAGACGGACAAAGCAGGCCCCUCGCCGUUUGGAGAACUAGCGACGCUAGCGAGAGCAGCGAGAAAACGCUUAGCGCUGUAGGAUCCCUAGCCGAAAUCACCUCCCCCUUAACAGAGUGCCAACCUGAAUUGUACACAUUCAAGCCGUCGGCGAACGGUAAGGGUGCCAAAGUUAUCGUUCACUACCCCGAUUCCCAAAGCACAUCAGGUUACAGUUCACCCACCCACGGGCCUACCCCGAACUGGUCCACAACAUCUAGUAUAUCCGAAGGUAGCCCAGAUACUAAACCCACAUUAUACUCCAUUCAUAACACUAAAUCCACAACCGUCAUCUCAUUAUACUCCUCCCCCAAUAACACCAAAGGCAAAUCAGUCACACUAGUCAAAAUAACUGGUGACGAUGUAGAACCAGUCAAAAGUACCAAAAUCAAAGUAAAUCCUAAUGCCAAUAAUUCAUACAUAUCCGAUUAUAACAGUACCAAAAUACCACAUUCCCCUUUAAUAACCGAUUACGAUAUUAAUAAUAAAACGACCAAAUCGCCCGACGUGGAGUCCAAGGAGAGGUUUUCUUCCUUCAAACCCAGUCCAGUACAGACGGGUUGGAAACUAAAUUCGCUUCUUCGAAAGAAAAAACAAAACGUCCUACCGAAACUCGCUCCCGAACUGGAAGGAGCUAUCAUUAAAUCCGAAAGUUUAGCUUAUUUGUCCGAAAUUGAGUUGAUUGCUAGGCACCAGCGAAACAAAGACGUGCAAAGGGAAAUAGAGAAAAAGGUGGUUCAACAACUGGGAGUUCCAAGGACUGCAAGGACUAAAAGGACUGAAUCCAAUUGCUAG